CUUCCACGACUGCCCUCAGCUCCCUUCGGCUCAUCGUGUGCUGUGGCCGAGUGUGCCAGGUUCAUGUUGGCGACUGAGUGGGAAGUGGCUAUACAAGUGCGAGUGGCUACAGUGAGAGCGGCCGCCGGCAGUCGCACGUCUCCACGCCUUAGGCUUGAGCAAGAACAGGGGACAGAAACCGCUCACAAUUCGGCUUCUUCGAAAGCAUGAGCUGGAACACGGAGCAGCUCAGGAAAGGCCUGUGGCAGCAGGGCGGCGUGACCUUUAAGGACGUGGCCGUGCACUUCUCCUGGGAGGAGUGGGGGCUCCUCAGUGAGGCGCAGCGGCGUCUCUACCGGGACGUGAUGCUGGAGAACCUGGCGCUCGUGGCCUCGCUGGGUUGUUGCCCAGAAGCGGACGGUGAGGAGGCUCCUCUGGUGCGGAGUGUGCCGCAGGUCUGGACUCCCGAGCAGGCAUGUCUGUCUGCUAAGUCCCUUCCCUGGGAAAUGGGUGGCCUGAGGCUGAGCCGCGUUUUGUCCUUGGUGGAGCACCAGAGAACAAGUUGUAAGCAGAAACUUCUCUGCUGUUGGGCCUGUGGGAAGCAGCUGUAUGUCAGCACAGAGCUUCCCCAGAAGCAGCGCCCUGAGGAGGAAGCCUUCCGAGGCAGAGCAGCUGGAGCGUCGUUGGGGAGGAGCCACGCAUGCCUCGAAGAGGGAACGCCAUGUAGCCUUGGUGUGGGUGGGAAGGAUGUUCUGGCCAGGUCGGAGUUGGGCCAGCCGCAGGACAGUCAUGCUCGGGAGAAGGUGAGCGGUGGGACUGCGUGUGGGCCGGCCUUUGCCACAGAAAUGACAAUUAGUAGCUGGGAGGAAUCCGUGAAAGCCUUCAGCUGUGAUCAGACGCUUGCUCAGCACCUGAGGCUCCUCGGCAGUGAACACUGUUUUAUGUGCAGCGAGUGUGAGGACUCCCUUGGCAGGGACGGCCGCCUCGGUCACUAUCAGAAAGUCCUCACCGGAGACAAACCUUUUGUAGCUGAAGAAUGUGGGAUGUUACUCAAAAAGACCAGUGCUGUGGAACACCGGAGGGGAAACACCAGAGAAAGACCUUACACUUGUGUGGAGUGUGGGAAGUCGUUUACCAGGAGCUCCAACCUCAUGACACAUCAAAGAGUGCACACCGGGGAAAGGCCUUACGACUGUGGGGAGUGUGGGAAGUCGUUUAGCCGGAAGUCCAACCUCAUCGUACACCACCGGGUGCACACCAGAGAAAAGCCGUAUGAGUGCAGCGAGUGUGGAAAAGCAUUUUGCCAGCGCUCCACUCUAAUUCAGCACUGCAGAAUUCACACUGGAGAGAGGCCUUACGAUUGCAGCGAAUGUGGAAAGUCUUUUACUCGAUACUCUGCGUUCCGUCAGCAUCAGAGGCGUCACACUGGAUUAAGGCCUUAUGAGUGUACUGAAUGUGGCAAGUCCUUUGCUGAAAACUCCAGGCUCAUCAAGCACACGAGGAUCCACACUGGAGAUAGACCGUACGAGUGCAGUGAGUGUGGCAGAAGCUUUUGCCAGAGAUCUUCGCUCCUUCGGCAUCAGACAGUUCACACUGGAGAAAGGCCUUAUAAGUGUGGUGUUUGUGGGAAGUCCUUUGGACAGAAACCCAACCUCAUUCAGCACUGGACUGUUCAUAGUACAGAAAGACCCUUUAAAUGUGGAGAAUGUGGGAAAUCCUUUAGGCGGAAGUCUGAGCUCUUCGAACACCGUAAAGUACACACUGGAGAAAAACCGUAUGAGUGUGGAGAGUGCGGGAAGUCAUUUAGCCAGAAGUCCAAUCUCAACAUACACCAGAUAGUUCACACCAGGGAAAGACCCUAUAAGUGCAGCGAAUGUGGGAAAUCGUUCAGCCAGAACUCUACACUUGUAAAACACCGGAGAAUCCACACCGGCGAGAGGCCUUAUGAGUGCAGUGAAUGCGGGAAAACUUUUAACCAGAGUUCUGCCCUUCGCCAGCAUCAGCGGCGCCACUCUGGAAUAAGGCCUCACGCGUGUGCGGAAUGUGGGAAGUCCUUUGCUGAGAACUCCAGACUCAUCAAACACAGAAGAGUCCACACUGGAGAACGGCCUUAUGAGUGUGGUGAAUGUGGGAAGUCCUUUGCUGAUAACUCAAACUUCAUCCUCCACAGGCGCGUGCACACUGGAGAGAGGCCUUACGAAUGCAGCGAAUGUGGGAAAGCCUUUAACCAAAGCUCUGCGCUCCUUCAGCAUCAGAGAGUUCACAGUGGAGAACGCCCACAUAAGUGUGGUAAAUGUGGGAAAUCCUUUGCCAAAAAGUCCAGUCUCAAUAAACACAGGAGCAUUCACGCCGUUGAAAGCCCUUAAAAGUUUGGCACAUGCCGAAUAUCCUUUGCUCACCACUCCAGUCUCCUCACAGACCAUCGUGCUCACGGUAGAUGAUGACAGAUGCUGGAAAUCCAAGGGUUG